GGCUCCCCUCUGUGCUGAACUGUGGCCGCCUCUGUAAAUAGCAGGCAUGAGGCUCCCAGGCGCAGUGUCCUCGUGGGCCAGCAGCGGUUAGGACAGCCCCUGCGCCUAGUGUGUGCUCAGGAGUCAAUGUCCUGCCUGCACCCAUGAUGGAGAGGGACUUGGCUCUGACGGGCAUGCUCAUUGGCCUGGCCUUCCUGUUGCUGCUGCCGUCUGGAUGUCCUCAGCAGUCUUUGGAUGAUGCCUGCUCUGUGCAGAUUCUCGUCCCAGGCCUCAAAGGGGAUGCCGGAGAGAAAGGAGACAAAGGUGCCCCAGGACGGCCCGGAAGAGUCGGCCCUACGGGAGAGAAAGGAGACAUGGGGGACAAAGGACAGAAAGGCAGUGUGGGUCGCCAUGGAAAGAUUGGUCCCAUUGGCUCAAAAGGUGAGAAAGGGGAUACUGGUGACAUAGGACCCCCUGGCCCUAAUGGAGAACCAGGCAUCCCCUGUGAAUGCAGCCAGCUGCGGAAGGCCAUCGGGGAGAUGGACAACCAGGUGUCCCAGCUAAUGGCGGAGCUGAAGUUCAUCAAGAGCGCUGUCGCCGGCGUGCGGGAGACGGACAGCAAGAUCUACCUGCUGGUGAAGGAGGAGAAGCGGUACGCCGAGGCGCAGCUGUCCUGCCAGGGCCGCGGCGGCACCCUGGGGAUGCCCAAGGACGAGGCCGCCAACGGCCUGAUGGCCGCCUACGUGGCGCAGGCGGGGCUGGCGCGCGUCUUCAUCGGCAUCAAUGACCUGGAGCGCGAGGGCGCCUUCGUGUACUCCGACCGCUCCCCCAUGCAGACCUUCAACAAGUGGCGCAGCGGCGAGCCCAACAACGCCUACGACGAGGAGGACUGCGUGGAGCUGGUGGCCUCGGGGGGCUGGAACGACGUGGCCUGCCACAUCACCAUGUACUUCCUGUGCGAGUUCGACAAGGAGAGCGUCUGAGCGCCCGGACCCCGCACCCCAGGGCUCUGGGCGCAGGGUGGGGUGCGGCUGCGGGGCAGAGGGGGUAGUGUUUCCGGGAGUUAGAGCUCCACUGCCUGUAUUCGUCGCCCAGAUGUUCGUUAUGUGAUUAUUAGUGCUCAGAUUUGCACUUCCACAAAGCUCUCGCCUUCCUCCCAACUCUAAGAUCAAAUCUUUAACUAUCUCAGUAGUUGAUUAAGCAUCACACAAUUAAGGGUAGUAGGGUCCUGAAUGACUGACUCUCUCUUCACUUCUGUAUGGAAGAGAACCCACCUAACUCUGAGCAAAGUUCCUGUAAAUUAUGUUAAUGUACAGGUUCCUUUCCGCAUUUAUCCAAGUAUUCAAUGUUGCUUUGCUUCAAACCCAGAUUCCAAAACAACAAUAUAAAUUCUCAGACUUUAUUA